GGUCACGGGUCUUGUCCCGCGCACAAGAGCAAGCGGGAGGCGUUCAACCACGAAAAAAAUCAUAAUAUUCGACUACUCCCUAUUUGAAAUGGUAAUUCAGGGCUUAAAAUAAUAUACUACCUGAUCUGCCAUGGCGAACGCUGUGAUUCUACAAAACUGCUUUCAGAUUUUCCCCAAGAAGGCAUUUUACGAAGUACGUUUGACUCGAGACAGUUUGAUUUACGAAGAGACAUCCUUCCGCGGUUGUUGUCAAGGAUCGACACAAAAACACAGUGUCAUAAAACUACGCGAUGUUUAUGGAGUAAAACUCUUUAAAAGUCGAGAACCUGCCGACGACUCAGCUUAUUUCCAUGUAUUCUCUUGCCCUUUGCGAAAGGAUAGACGGGAAUGCGAGAAAUUGCCAUUCAAAGUUAGCGGAUGGGAGAAUUCUAUUGCGAAUGUCAAGCUGGCCGAGAAAUGGGUUCGCACGAUAUCUUGGCUUGUAAAAUGCCCAUCAAUGGAUCUAGAAUCAAUUCAAGCUAAAAAGAAUCUCCCACCAAGCCGUAAAAUGUUAGUGUUUGUCAACCCAUUCAGUGGGAAAGGAAAGAGUCUCAAGAUUUUCAGAAAUAAAGUUGCUCCGAUGUUUGAGAAUGCUGAUAUUGAUUACAAGCUAGUCAUUACCGAGUACGCCGGUCAUGCAAAGGCUUAUGCAUCACAGCUGUGUAUUCCUGAGUGGGAUGGGGUGGUCAUCUGCUCAGGGGAUGGACUGGUGUUUGAGGUUCUUAAUGGUUUCAUGAAUCGUCAAGAUUGGGAGGUGGCCAUCAAGAUGCCAAUAGGUGUAAUCCCUACAGGUUCUGGUAAUGCUCUCUGUUUCUCAUCACUCCAUGCUUCAGGUGAGCCAAUGGAAGUGGUAUGUGCAAUAUAUGCUGUCAUCCGCGGCAACAUUCAUGAGAUGGACAUUGCAUCAAUUGUCACCCCUACUAGCCGAUUCUACUCAUUCCUAUCUAUGACAUGGGGCAUCAUGUCGGAUGUAGACAUUGAAUCUGAGAAAUACAGAUACCUGGGCAAUGCACGCUUUACUGUCGGUGCUGUGGUCAGAAUCCUGAACUUACGGCUUUACCAGGGAAGAAUCUCCUACCUUCCAUAUGAGGAGGACGGCCAGUUUACAAGGUCUUCUGGUUUUGAUAUGCCUGACUUGAAACCUGCACCUUCAGAUGGAAUACUAUUUCAAAGUCCUAGAGAUGCCGAUGCAGAGUCUUUUAAGAGUCCAUCAGGAUCAUUUUACUCAAUGCCAGGGAGUCCAACUGAAGAGAGACUUCCUGGAAUGAUGGGUAGUGGCUGCGUUAAUCCAGGUAUAGACAGGGAGCAACCAUCAGUUAAUUCAAUUGCUGAAAACAUUUUUCAAGAACCUGAGAAUUCUGGAAAUCUAGUCUCUACUUCAAAUAAAAAUGCUGAACUGGUUGUACCAGGGAAUCAAUUUGGACCUGAGCUUAACCUUCUUCCUGCUCUUGAGGAAAACCUUCCAUCUUCCUGGAAAAGUGUGGAGGGGAAAUUCAUUUUAUGUUCAUCUGUUAUGAUGUCACACCUUGGCCCAGACAUUUGUGCAGCCCCACAAUCCAAGUUCGGGGAUGGUAUUUUAUAUGUUGCAUACGCAGAAGCAGGUAUUUCCAAAAUGCAGCUCUUGGACAUGUUCAUGAAAAUGGAGGAUGGUUCCCACAUAGAUUGUGAGGAGAUUGUUUGUGUCAGGGCGUGUGCAUUCCGCUUGGAACCGGACUUGACACAGUUGGGAACUAUAGCUAUAGAUGGUGAACUAAUUCCAUACUCUGCCGUGCAGGGACAGGUCCAUCGAGGCUUAGGCAGAGUUAUGUGCGUUUAGUGCACUCUUGGCCAUCCCCAUCCUACCCAAGAGGGGGAGGAUAGUAUGUACACAUAGUAUAUACCAUGGCCUACCCCUGAACCCACUUUGCGGGAGGGUGAUCUUUGUGAAUUCUACUCUUGGCCAACCCAAUUGCUCCUUCCCUCAAGGAACCCUGUUUGCAACUUAUGGUUCUUAACCAGAUUUGUCAUUUUAUUUUUAUCUUUUUUUUUAAUGAUUGUCUAAAGACAAGAUGACAUAGUGUUGGAACAUUAUUAUAUCUUAUCUUAAAUCUUAAACAAUGGCUCAGCUUAGUUUAUGCUGAUAAGUUGUGGGGGGGGGGGGUGGGGUAAAGAUUAGAUAGAUAGGAAAUAUGUUAUAUGUAAUUAUGUAAUUAAUGGCAAUACAAUCAAAUAUCCGGCUGGGAAUAUGCAUCUAAAACUAAUUUUACUGUAAUUACAAGCCCACAAGCCACAAUCCCACAGCCUCAUUCUGAUUCUUACAUUCACAUUUUGUUGUGUUGAUAACUUAUUUAUGUACUGCAGUGUCAAGGGAAUAUAUGUUAUGAAAAUAAAUGACUGUACAAUAACUUCAGAGGGUCACAACUACUAAAAGAUGAUGACCUAUUUCAAAGCACCCUGAAAAGUGUUUGUGUUGAGGGAGAGAGGGUGAGGUCUUUCAAACUUAUCUCUUAGCUACAAUCGGCGAAUUAAAUGGUUGAUAAAAUGAUUUCUUAAUUCGUUAUAUACUCAAUAUGCUAUUUUUUUUUCAAAUUAAAACACAAAAAUUCCCCCCUUCUCCACUAUUCAAUGUUGAGGACUUAGGUCGCAAGUGUCAGACUACAACAUUGAAAGGGGGGAAGGGGUUCCUAGGAAAGGGGGGGUGGGGUACAAAGGAUAGAAAGCGUUUUCCACUGAAAAAAAUAUCAACAUUUAAUUCGCCGAUUCUAUAAUAGUAUGCUUCAUAAAGGCCAAAUAGAUGUAGUAAGGGUGCUAAUUUAAUUUUUCCCAUAUUGAUGUUUAACAAUAAAUCCUUAAAGAAAACCCGGACUACACUUUAACAAAUAUUGAGUUCAUGGGAUAACUUUUUAUUUAUUUAAAAUCGUUCAAAACAUAAUAUAUGCUUAUCUUAAAGUGAUUGUAAAAUGCUAUACAUCUUUAUCACGCUAAAAUUGCAUAAAAAUGUAUUAAGUUUGUCAUGAAAUAGACAAUAGAACUAAGCUUAUGGUUCACGUUUUUGGACCUCAAAAAAUACGGGAAAAAGUUAUAGCAAAAUGAUUUGCUUAGGCCAUUAACUAAAAUAAUAUAAGAAAUAAAGGGAAUUUGACUGAA